AUGACAUUGAUGCAAAUACUAGAACGGCACAAAAAGUCAUUUUCGAUAGCUCAUAUGGAAGAUAAGAAAUACAUCCAGAAUUUGGAACAAGAGCUGUUGAAUUGUUCUCAAGAAAUAGAUUAUCUUCAGGAUCAACUCAGUGCAAGAAACACGGAAGUGAACUAUCUGAAAGAGCGUGCGCGCGAUCUUGAUUUGAAAUUCAAAGAGAUGGAAGAUUUACGAAAAGAAGUUUUCAGCUUAAGGGAGGAGCUAAAAAUCUCCAAUUCAAAGCAAUUUUCUUUGAUUCGGGAACUAGAGACUAAAGAAGCGGAAUUAGAGCUAUCAGCUUUGUCCGUGGAGAAACUUGAUGAAUCAUUUUCAUCCAUGGGAUUAGAGUCUCAGUUUGAAGUUGAAACUAUGAAGCUUGAUAUGAUGGCCUUGGAACAGGAUUUAUUCGAGACCAAGAAAAUUCAGGAUGAAACUCUAGAAGAAAAUAAUAGAUUGAGUAGAUUUAUCGAUGAGUUACAGGGUGCAUUGCAGGAUACACAAGAUACGAUCGUCUAUUUGAAUGAAGAAAAUAAGGAAAUUAAAGAGAAACUUGAUGCUGCCAACAUGAAUACUAGAUUAUUUUCUCAAAAGGUUGAAAACUGGCUGGAAAACAAGGCCAGACUGCAAAUCAAGGAUCAGUCGAGAAGCAGAGCAGAAGACACAAGAAUUUAUGGAGAAACAUUGGGUCCACUCCUUGGUAUUUUAGCAACGAAGUUAGAUCCAGCUGCAGAAUUAAAGGAGGAAAUGGACAUGUCCUGUCAGAUCCGAGAAUAUGAGUUUCUUGUGGAGAAACUCAAGGAAGAAUUAAGAGUGGAAAAGUUGAGGGCAAAAGAUGAAGCAGAAGAUUUAGUUCAGGAAAUGGCAGAGCUGAGAUACCAACUUACAGGUCUGCUUGAAGAAGAACGUAAGCGUCGUGCUUGCAUUGAACAUGUGUCCUUGCAAAGAAUUGCCAAGUUAGAAUCUCAGCUUCAAAGAGAACAUAGAAACCCGUAA